AUGGGGCUGCGCAAGAGACGAAAGAUCUUCUCCGACCGCCCCUCUGCUGCCAGUUUGCCGCCCGGCGCUGUUGGGGGGGCGGACGCGGGUGGAGGGCGGGAGGAGUGCGGGUACCGGUGGCACAAGACAGGGAAAACUCGACCCGUGUUUGCACGGAACAGAAAGCAGAUCGGGUGGAAGAAGAUUCGGGCGCAGAGAGAUGCGGGCGCAGAGGGGCAAGAGGCAGGGAGGGAGGACAGGAGGAUCGGGUGGAAGAAGAUUCUUGUUCUCUAUGAGACGCGGGCAGCACAGAGGGGCAAGAAGCGAUGGAGGGAGGGGUUUGCUGAGACGGCUCAUAUAAGCAUCCCUGCUUCUUCCUUCCCCUUUUUUCUAACCCCUCAGAUUGGGUGGAAGAAGAUUCUGGUGCUCUAUGAGACGCGCGCAGCACAGAGGGGCAAGAGGCGGGGGGCGGAGGAGAAGGGGAGCCCUGCAGGGGGCAGCGGGAAGGACAGGAAGACGAACUGGAUCAUGCAUCAGUACCACGUGGGGGAACAGGGCGAGGAGAAGGAGGGCGAAUGGGUGGUUUCGAAAGUGUUUUUCCAGAGGCAGAGUUCAGGCACGCGAGCAGGCAGCAGGGAGGGGUCUCUGCCCCCCCUUGGCCAAGGGGCAGACGAGGAGGAGUGUGGGGGCGAGGGGAGGGGGGACAUUGAAGCAAUCCAGCAGAGGCAGAGUUCGGGCACGCGGGCAGGCAGCAGGGAGGGGUCUCUGCCCCCCCUUGCGGGGACGCCUAGAGCAGCGAUCGCAGGGAGAGGAGGGGGGUUGGGGUCAGGGGCAGCAGGAGGUGCGUUUGUAGCGGCAGGAGGCUCGGCCGGAGCAGCAGUAGGUUCGGCUGUAGCGGCUGUAGCAACAGGAAGGAGAGGAAGGGGUGGGCGGGGAGGCAGGGGAAUGAGUCAGGGCGGCCGGGGGGGUUCAAGAGGGGGUAGGGCAGCAAAGGGGGGGGUGCUGGCAACGAGGGGUGCGUUUCAAGCAUCGCAGCCAUCACCCACGUCAGCCCAUGCUGGCUCGUUUGGUGCGGCGUUUCUGCCUCCAGGGCACCAGGCAUCACCCUUCCUCCAUGGAGCUGCUCCUGUUUCUACAGCAGCAGGUGCUGCUGCCUCUGGUGCUAUUUCAGGUGCUUUCUCAGGUGCUGAUAUAACAACCGCAGCAGAAGCAACGCCAGCAGGGGCGGCAGGCGCAGCAGCAGGGCCUGCCCGUCUUCUCUCCUUUCACAGCCAAGCACCGUCUGGCGGGAACCAGGAGGGGGCUUCAUUAGGCACAGCAGGGCCGCAUACAGGCCUCCCUGGUGUAGGGUUCACUCCUUUCAGUAGGAAAGGUGGUGUUUCGGCUGGUGCUGCUGGUGUUGGUGGCGGUGGUGGUUCUGUUACUGGUGUUGCAACAGCAGGCGAGAUUACCAGCAUCACCAGCAACAGCAGCGGCAGUGCGCAUGGCAGUGGCAGCGCUGGGGGGAUGUUCCUUUCUCCUCCUCCUAACACCCAGAGACGGGUGGGGCUUGGCGGUUUUAAACCCCUUGACACUGGUGCUGCUGCUGCUGGCGCUUCUGCUGCUGGUGCUGCUGGUGGUGCUGGUGGCGCUGGUUCUGAGCCUGUCACUCCAAGCAGCACCGCCAUUCCUGUUCCCAUCACUCCCCCCUCGGCACACUCUGCCUCGGGUCUUGUGGUGUUGAAACCGCCUGGAUGGGAUGGAGAAGCGGGGAGGCUAGUCCCGUGCCAACUGCAGCAGCAGCAACAACAGGGUAACCACGCUGCUACAACUUCCCCUGGAACUGAAGCUGCUACGGCCGCAGGGGGAGUGGGUGGUGCAGCAGCAGGAGUGAGCGACCUGAGGGCGUAUGAGCAGUCACUGGGAGACAGUGCCUCGGACAUUGGCUCACACCCCCACUCACAGGAGCCUCUUUUCCUCCCCCCACAGGCUUCGAUACAAGCAGUUCCACCUGCCCUGCCAUCUGCUGCUACUACCAGCCUCCCUGCAACUGCAUUAAGGCAAUACCUUGCUCAGAGGCAGCAGCGGCAGCAGGGGGCAGGGUACCAGCAGGCGAAUGAGACAGGGGGUUACCAGCAGCAGCAGCAGCAGCAGCAGCAGCAGCAGCAGCAGCAGCAGCAUACGGCGGGCAGGUGCAUGUGA